AUGAUGAAUUUUGUGGCAGUCUUCCUGGUUGUGAGCUCGCUGGCCAGCGCUGGAAUGUGGUCUCCGAGCCCACAAAAUGAUAAUCAGAACCAGCAGAAGAAGCAAGGAGAUCAUCAGAGGGAGGUUAUAGUGAAAAAUGGGCACCGGGUUGUAGUCGUGGAGUAUGACGAGCAUGGCCAUCCCAUCACCAAAGUCUCAAUCUCAUCGGACCAAGACCGUCAAGCCGACAAGGAUUCUUCCAUUUCGGACAAUGACGUGUCGUCGCCCUCUAUGGUCUCGAGGGCAUUCGAAAAAGCUAUGGACAACAUGAAGGAAGCGGCCUCUGCUCUCCCCAACCUCGGCCAAGGCAUCUCCACUGGAGAGGGUUACAGCCCGAAAGAGCUUAUAUGCGACGCGUAUGGAAAAUGCAAGCACAAGAUUGCAAGGGAUCUCGAGAUGAAGAAGAAGAUUGUGAAGGGGACCGUGCACGGGGCGAAGGAGACGGCACAUAAGGUCGGGGAGGCGGUGGAAAGUGCGUACGAGAAGACGGGCGAGGCAGUGGGGAAUGUAUACGAAAAGGCGAAAGAAACGGUGUCCGAUGAAGCCCAUGAGGUUGAGGAAAUUGCCAAGGACUCGGUGGGAAAAGCGAAGGGCGCCGCUAACACGGCCAGGGAAAUGGGGGAGACCUUGGCCGGGGAUAUAAAGAGCAACGCGUCGAACCUGUGCGAAGACUUGGCAAGCAAAGCUCAAGAGGCCAAAGAGACUGCAGAGCAUGCUGCUGAGAAAGUCAAGACUGGAGCAGAGGAGCUCGAGAGUGGGACCCAGAAGAGGUUUCAUCAACUGGGUAGCAAAGGGAGAGAGAUUUGGUACGGUGCCCUGCGGUCUACGGGAUUGAGUGAUGCUUUGGACUCUUUGAUGUCUGUGGCUAAUUUGUUUGGUUUGGCCACUGCUUAUGGGACGUGCAUGUGGAUUACGUUCGUUUCAAGCCACGUGUUGUUGGGAAAUUUGGCACCGCAGCAGUUUGGGAUGGUGCAGAGCAAAAUUUACAGGGUUUAUUUCAGGGCCAUGGCUUCUAGUGUUGGGAUGGCGUUGUUGGGACAUCUUUGGAGACACGGAAAUAAAAAGUUCACAGGGAAUAUGUUGCAGUUGCAGAACUUUAAUCUUAUGGCCGCCCUGUUGAUGAUUUUUGCCAAUAUGUUAUACUUGGAGCCUCGAUCCACCAAGGUGAUGUUUGAGAGAAUGAAGAUGGAGAAGGAAGAAGGAAGAGAAAGAGUACAUGUUAGUACCAGAGUCAGCAGCGAGGCUGAACAGCAACCAAUUACCGCUGAAGUCGAACCCACAACCACGGUUGCCUCACAAGUCACUGAAAGAAGGGAGCAAGAGGUAGCUCACGCUGAUACUGAUAGGCUCGACGAGAUGCGGGAGAGGCUUAAGAAGCUAAACUCGUAUUCGUCGUUGCUUAACGUCAUGUCGCUAAUGUCUCUGAGCUGGCAUCUUGUGUACCUCGCCCAGCGCCUGCACAGUUAG